AAGUUGUUGAUGAUGCAAUAUUUUGGUCAAAAGAAGCUGGUGCAAUUGCUGAACCUUCUGGUAAUUGAAUAAUCUCUUCUUCUCCCAUUCCGUGCUUAUCUAACAACAACAAAGAUUUUCCCAACUUCUAACUUCAAUGUCUCCUUCAACUUCAUUCAUUCUCAUCUUCCUCUUCCUCUUCUAUUUCACACCAUCACCAACACUUUCCGAUCCAAGAGCAACAAAAGCAUCUUUACUCUGCACAAACAGAACCGCGACCUCAAUGCCUCACCGCAAAAUUUUCAUAUCGAAUUUCCUCUCAGCAAUGGACUCACUAACACCUCUAAUCUCAACUCAAAGAUACGGCGCCGUUUCAAAAGGAACUACUCAAAACGCCGCCGUUUACGCUUUCGCCGAGUGUUUCAAAGACCUCUCUCAAUCAGAUUGUAACGUAUGCAUCGCACAAUGUAAAACUCAGAUCCUAAGCUGUUUACCUUUUCAAAAAGGGACACGUGGCGGUAAAUUAUUUUUUGACGGUUGUUACCUACGCUACGAUGACUACAAUUUCUUCAACGAGAGUUUUAGUGAUCAAGACACGGUUCUGUGUAGUGGAAAUACCACUAGUAAUGGUGAUAUUGUUGAUGUUUAUCGAGAUAGUGCACUGAAAUUGGUGAGAAAUUUGAGUGUUUUGGCGCCAAAAAAUGAUGGGUUUUCGGUUGGGUUUGUUAAGAGAGAGAAUGUAACGGUUUAUGGUUUGGCUCAGUGUUGGAGGUUUAUUAAUGGAAGUAAGUGUGGUGAAUGUUUGGAAGAUGCGGUUAGUAGGAUUGGUUCUUUGUGUGGGAAGAAAGAGGAAGCGAGGGGUUUGAAUUCUGGUUGUUAUUUGAGGUAUUCGGGGAAAAAGUUUUAUAAUAAUAAUUCAAAUGGUAGUGAUGUAAUUGAUGGAAAUCAUGGACACCGGAAAAUGGAUAUAAUUCUGGCUUCAUCUUUUGCUGUUGUGGCACUUCUUUUGGCUGUUGCAACAGUGGUUUUCUUCACAAGGAAGAAUGUAAUGAGGAGAAGAAGAGAGAGAAGACAGUUUGGUACACUUUUGGACAAAGUGAACAAAUCCAAGCUAAAUGUUCCAUACGAAAUUCUUGAAAAGGCAACAGAUUACUUCGAUGAUGCCAAUAAACUUGGGCAAGGAGGAUCAGGUUCAGUUUAUAAAGGAGUUAUGCCAGAUGGAAAUAUUGUGGCCGUAAAAAGGCUUAGCUUUAACUCAACACAAUGGGUAGAUCAUUUCUUCAAUGAGGUCAAUUUGAUCAGUGGAAUUCAUCACAAAAAUCUCGUCAAGCUUUUGGGGUGCAGCAUUACAGGACCUGAAAGCCUUCUUGUUUAUGAAUAUGUGCCCAACCAAAGUCUCCAUGAUCACCUAUCUGUUAGAAGGAUUUGUCAACCUCUUACUUGGGAACUAAGGCACAAGGUCAUAUUGGGAAUUGCAGAAGGCAUGGCUUACCUUCAUGAGGAAUCACAUGUGAGAAUCAUUCAUAGAGAUAUAAAAUUAAGCAACAUUCUUCUUGAGGAGGACUUCACACCCAAGAUUGCUGAUUUUGGACUUGCUAGAUUGUUUCCAGAAAACAAUUCUCACAUUAGCACAGUCGUUGCCGGGACACUAGGUUAUAUGGCUCCUGAGUACGUAAUUCGCGGGAAGUUAACCGAGAAAGCAGAUGUUUAUAGUUUUGGAGUUCUAGUUAUUGAAAUUGUAUCUGGCAAAAGAAACAGUUCCUAUGUUCUAAAUUCAUCCUCUAUCCUACAAACGGUUUGGAACCUUUAUGGAUCAAAUAGGCUAUCUGACAUUUUUGAUCCAAUCCUAGAGGGUAAUUUCCCUACCGAGGAAGCUUGUCAAAUGCUUCAGAUAGGGUUGCUUUGUGCACAAGCAACUGCAGAACUGAGACCAUCAAUGUCGGUAGUUGUAAAAAUGAUCAAUAACAACCACGAAAUUUCUCAGCUAACACAGCCACCUUUUAUUAAUUCGAGUAGUUCAGAACUCAGCAAAUCCACUUUGCCGAGAUAUGAUUUUCGUCUGCAAUCCAACACUCAGUCUUCAGGGGAUACUAUGACUGAAAGUUUGGUUGAGCCUAGCAUGGAAUUGUCCUUACUUGCAUCACUGAAUUGAAGUGCCACUCAAGUAUGAACCAUCUUCCAAUGGUUAGAAGAAGACUAAAAAAGUUGAGUUUUGCUCAAAACUUGUACAUUAUUAUAGUCAAGUUUUUCUAGAAAAUUUGAGCUUCUCUCAUAAGAACAGUAUGUAAUUUAUUUCUAUUUUCAUAUAUAUGUAUAUGUAUAUAUCAUAUAGUGGCACCAUACUAGGUGUUAAACUUGUAGGCUUAUAAAAUUUAUUAACUUUUUAUAGAAUGCAAAAUUAACUAAUUCAACAUUUGAUUCAUGA